CUGCAGAAAAGUAUUCUUCUUGAUGUGAAUAUAUUCUGUUUUCAGUGGUCACGUUUGUUUUUCGGAAUAAGCGUGAUUGUCGUUGCGUCGAAUAUACCGUUUGUGUUUGUUGCCAGAAGCGAACCAGCACCAUGGACAGGAAAUAAGAUAACGUCUCCCAGUCUGGCUCAAACUGCCUAUACUGUUGCCAUAGUGUCUAGCGGUAUUAAUGCAGUUGGCACUAUAAAAUGCGCUCAGAUGGUAGCACGACAACACGUCCACGUUGUGAUGGCGGUGACCUCGUUUUUACUGUGCGUCAUAGUUCUAGUGAUCCCGCUUGCCGUCAACAUAGUUUGUCCGGACAACACUCCGGAACAGGUACCGUCUUCGCCAUUAGUACUG